AUGUCCCAGAUAUUGGGGUCAGACAUUGGGCCCGCCUUCGUCUCCCAGACCAUUAAGGAGACUUUAACCAAAUUAACGCUUGCAACUAGCACUAGAGAUUGGGUGCUCCUACUCCCAUUAGUCCUUCACCGAGCCCGGAAUACUCCUGGGCCUCACGGCCAAACCUUGUUUGAGAUUAUAUAUGGGGCUCCCCCACCAAUUGUAAAUUUCCUUCACCCUGAUAUCUCCUCUUUUGCCACUAGCCCUACCCUGGAGGCACACCUUCAAGCCCUCCAACUGGUACAAAAGACGGUGUGGAAACCCCUGGCUGAUGCCUAUCGGGAGCAACUGAAUCGCCCGGUGGUGCCUCACCCAUUCAAGAUUUGGGACUCUGUCUGGGUCCGACGCCAUCAAUCCAGGAACCUAGAGCCAAGGUGGAAAGGACCAUACACCGUCCUGUUAACUACUCCCACCGCACUCAAGGUUGACGGGAUAGCAGCUUGGGUCCACGCGUCGCAUAUGAAGGCUGCCAAGGAACCCGAUGAAGCUGAGAGCACCGAGACAUCUAGUUCAACGCUCUCCAAACCCACUAAAGAUAAGACUCACCCGGGGGUCCCCUUGAUCCCCCUAAUAGUCCUCCUGACAUUAGGAGGGGCAUCACCAGAGAGCCUGUUUCCCUGACGCUGGCCCUGUUACUGGGAGGAAUUACCAUGGGCGGAAUAGCUACUGGGGUAGAUACAGGGACCGCAGCCCUUAUGGAGACCGGCCAAUUCAGACAGCUCCAAGUAGCCAUGAAUACAGACAUCAAAGCCCUAGAGGAAUCGGUUAGUGCAUUAGAAAAAUCCUUGACAUCCCUAUCAGAAGUAGUGCUGCAAAAUAGGAGAGGGCUGGACAUACUCUUCCUACAAGAGGACGAGUUAUGUGCUGCCCUCAAAGAAGAAUGCUG